UCUAAGAUUAUUUUGGAAACAUAACCUCAACCAAGGAGUAGCUUAAGAAUAAUUUUAUUUUAACAAAUCUGUUAAAAUGUCUACGAGACUGUAUCCGCUCUAUCAAAAAGGCAACCCCCAACUUCGUGUGUUCCUCUCAAACUUUUGGAUGAAACUAGUCCGACCCGAGCACAAACAGCCCCCGAACGUUGUCCAAUUCCACUGCUCCAUGGAAAUGACCAGAUACGACAUAAAAAAUUACCUAGAAAAAAUUUAUAACGUUAAAUCCACACAGGUCAAUACAAGGAUAGUGCUAGGUAAAACUCGCGAGGAGCCGGGAAAGGGGUACGUCAUUAAAGAUGACGAUUAUAAAGUGGCCUAUGUUGUUCUGCCGAAAGAUGAGAAAUUUGAAUUUCCCAAUUUAUUUCCGGAAUCGGCGGAGAAAGAGAAGUUGGAUCAUGAUAAGGCGUUAGAUGAAGUGAGGAAGAAUCACCAAAAGUACCUGGAAAAGAACAGCGAUCGACCGGGUCUUCCUGGGUGGUUUUCAUUUUGAUUUCAUUUGUAAAUAAUUGUAUAAUUAAAGCUUAUAGUUGUGUAGUGAUUA